AUGGCUCCUGUAAAGCUUGCACACUACCUCUUCACUCGGUUACGCCAACUCGGCGUCGAGUCUAUCCAUGGCGUUCCCGGAGAUUUCAACCUGACGAUGCUGGACCAUGUGGAGCCCGCAGGCCUCAACUGGGUUGGCAAUGCCAACGAGCUCAAUGCUGCAUAUGCUGCCGAUGGAUAUUCUAGGAUAAAGGGACUUGGAGCCAUUGUGACAACCUUUGGCGUUGGAGAGCUAUCAGCGAUUAACGCCAUCGCAGGCGCCUAUGCUGAAUUUGCACCCGUUGUACAUAUCGUGGGGAUUCCGGCCCGACAGAUCCAGGAGGAACGAAUCAGGGUGCAUCACACGUUGAACGAUGGCGAGUUCAAGCGAUUUUCACAAAUGCAUGCACACGUCACCAUCGCACAGGCUCGACUUUGGGAUCCCUUGACCAGCGCCGAGCAAGUUGACAACAUCUUGGUUCAGUGUCUCCUACACUGUAGACCGGUGUACCUGGAGCUCCCUGUCGAUAUGGUAGACGCUUUUGUUUCUGGAGAGAGACUGCAAACGCCAAUUCUAAUCCCGGAGCCGCUACCUACUCACAACUUGGACGACGUCGUGCUCAAGAUUAUCAGCAAAAUCGAAGCCGCUAAGCAGCCCAUCGUUUAUAUGGAUGGUGAGAGCAGGCCUCUUCGCAUUAUAGAAGAGGUGCAGCAGUUCGUGUCAAUGACGAAGUGGCCGACUAUAGCGUCCCCAUUUGGCAAAGGAUUGCUGGACGAAACAGAACCCAACUUCCUUGGUGUCUACCAAGGAAAGUUUGGAGCCAAAGUUGUGCACGAUUUCGUGACAGAGACCGACCUGGCACUCUGCUUCGGCCCUCACUACAGUGGCACCAAUACUUACAUGUGGAACAGUAUUCCGCAGAGCAAAGAGACUAUUGAAUUCACCACUUCAGGAGUCAAGAUAGGCCCGGAAUUUUACCGAGACGUAUCUCCUAAGCUGGUCCUUUCUCGUCUCCUCGAAGAGCUUAAUAUGUCAAAGAUCACAGCAUAUAGCUCAAUGCCUGAUCUACCCAGAUACCAACUUCUUGCACCAUCAUCAAUUCCAGCGGACGAUAUUAUCAAGCAAGAUAAAGUAUGGAAAGUCUUGGGAAACCUCAUUCAGCCGGGCGAUAUUGUCAUGGGUGAAACAGGCACACCUGGUUUCGGCGUUCGCGAGAUGCCAAUGCAAAAGCACUGUCGUGUAUUCAGUCAUGUCACUUGGUUAUCUAUCGGUUAUAUGCUCCCGGCCGCCCAGGGUGCUGCCCUUGCCCAAAAGGAGCUCAUUGCUGCUUCGAAAUGGCAUAACAAUAACACAGCCAAGACCAUUCUAUUUAUUGGCGAUGGCAGCUUCCAAAUGACGGCUCAGGAGAUGUCAACUAUGAUUAAACACAAUCUUGACGUAGUCAUUGUGCUGAUCAACAACGAUGGAUACUCUAUUGAGAGAUUCAUUCACGGCAGAAAGCAAGGGUAUAAUGACGUCGCAAGGUGGCGCUACCUUGAAGCUCCAAGCUUUUUUGGUGCACCUAAAGACACAUAUACUGCUUCUGCCCAAACAUGGUCUGAGCUGAAUACGAUCCUUGAGAAAUACAAGACCGAAAAUACCAAGGGAUUGUCUAUGUUUGAGGUGAUUAUGGAAAGAGAGGAUGCCCCUACCGGACAACUGCAGAAAGUGCUAGAAAUGCAGAUUGAACGGGAGCUGAAGAAUUGA